GGCCACUCCGUCAAUGCCAUAACCUUGUUUGGUGCCCCCUCAAAACCAAACCAUGGCUCCAACAGCAAGUGAUACAAAGCGCCGCGGCAGCAGCGACAUGGCUACAGCUGUCAGUAUGAACAAAAAGGUCAAGACGGACACAGAUGUUGCGUCUCGAGCAGCCAAGAUUCUCCAAGAAAUGGACGAGGCCACAACCGACCGCUACGAGGAGGAUGCUGCCUUUCGCAAAGAGUAUGGUCCCAGUGUAGCACACUAUGGUUUUUGUGGGGAAAAUUUGUCCUUGGAGGGUCUCCAAAUUGUCUUGGACUAUGGUCACGUUGGCACCUGUGUCGGCACUGUACGGGUUGAUGAUAGUGAUGAGUUGAAGACUGCAUGGACCUGCUCUCCCAAGCAUGAUGAGGAGUUUGUGUUCAAAAUGGAAACUGAUCAAGUUUUGGCGUACUAUUUCCUUGGCAAGGACUCCGGCAAAGAGCCUGACUGGGUCAAGAGUGACACUGAUGAGGUGGAUUAUGGCAAAUAUGCUUCUUCAUUCCUCUCCCUUCCAGAGAGUGCCAAGUUGGUCAACUGGGCUGUUCCAGUUUCGGCCAAUGAUUUCUUCCCGGAUAUUGUGGAUGCAGAAGAUCCUGAUGAACGCUGGUGGGCCACCAUGGCACGGCUGAAUGAUCCAAAGGCGGCCCAUGUGAUUGGUCCUGGUAUCAAGGGAUUUCCAACACCCAUUGUCUUGACCAUCGUUCUCCUCACCAAGGACUUUGACCCGGGCAGUACCAAUUUGCCCACCCUCGUCACCAAGGACAACAAGGAGGUCUUCGCGCUGGCAGACCAGUUCACCCGUCAAAUCAACAAUGGAUCACAGAUCCACAAGUUGGAAAAACUAGUCCAAAAUGUUUCUUCUGCGGCCAAGAAGAACAAAAAGAAUAAUUGGCGCAAGGCCUACAUUCAGGUCCAUGCAUUGAUUCUGACUCUGUCCGAUAACUUUGAGGCGUCCAAUAACAGUUGGACAUUUACAGAUGACUGUGAACGGCAGGACAAGAUUGCAAAGAACAUUGUCCAGGUUGUGGCAUCAGUCCUUCUACAUCCACCCUCCAAUGCCAUGAAGGCUCUUGUUGACAAGGAUAUGACAACAUCUCUUCGUGAACACUUGAAGGCUGGGUCCUUCACACAGUUUGUGGAAGAAGAUGAGUUUGCAGAGGACUAUCCCAAGCUCUUUGAAGCAUGGACACAACUUGUUGGAAAGGAAGAUGAAAACUAAGUUGGCACGAAAGGACGAAGCCUGGUGGUCCUACUGAUGGCUUGGGGAAAUGACAGACUCGCGACAAAUGGACGGGAUGAGUCUUGCGGCUAGC